UUGCAGUCCACCCUCGUCGGAGCCCACCGUCCACAGGGGGUUAGCGCGGUGGACCCAUGACAGCCUUGGCCCCGGGGAGCUGGGGGCCAGCUCUCUCCCGAAUGGUCACCCUUCUUUCCCGAUAUUGGAUUUGUUUCCAUCCCUUGACCCGGAGCUUCUCUGCCUGUCCAGGUCCCUGAACUCAGCCUGGGUGGCCAGGCCUCCCGUGGGUGAGGAGGGACUGCUGAGGAAGGGCCCCCUUCUGUCCGACCCUCUGUCACUCCUUCGGACUCCACAUCCCAACCAACGGUGUUCUUAGUGUCUGUUGCAAAGGCUUAGAGACAGGCGGUGACCAGGCGGCUCAGUCCUGUCUGCGUUUUCCAGCUCCUCCUAACCCCCAGUCAGCCUCCAGGCGGGAGCCGAGCCUCCAGCCACGACGAAAGAAAAUGGGCGUGAGAGAGGUGUUCAGAGCCAGCCAGCUUACUAGAGGCCGAGCCAGCACUAGCGCCCAGGGCUCCCGUCCGCCAGGGCCCACCAGGCGAGGGCUUCCUCCUGGGCGCCUCAGUUCAUCGCUAAAACCCGCCCCUUCCCACCUUCCUCCCCUUCAGACCCUCUCACGGAUUUCCUCUCCUCCAGGGGAAGGACUCUGAUAGGAGGUCAUGGAGAGAAAACCCAAGUUUGAGCGUCUCUGCAGACUUCUUGGACCCAACUCCAGUGUGUCUCUGUCCUGAGUAGGAACAUUGCUAAGACCAACCUCGUGUCUGUUCAGGAGAGAGCUAGGUGUGGGGUCCCGUUGAUGAUUCCAGCCACAGUAAACUUGCUCCUGAACCUUCGUGUUCCUGUUCCCUGGCAAAAUGAGGAAAGGAGGAGGAGGGCUCAGGAGAAGCCAUCAGAUCUUGUCCCAUGUUUGGUGUCUGCUCUUCCCAGUGGGGCAGGGAAGAACCAUGUGCCAGGGCUCGUUGUCAUUCAGAGAUGUGGCUGUGGGCUUCACCCGCAAGGAAUGGCAACAGCUGGACCCUACGCAGAGGACGCUGUACCGGGAUGUGAUGCUUGAGAUUUACAGCCACCUCGUCUCAGUGGGGUGUCAGGUCACCAAACCAGCUGUGAUCUCCAGGUUGGAACGCGGGCAAGAACCAUGGAUGGAGGAGGAAGAAAUCGGCAGAUGGACGUUUCCAGAAGAGCUUUUGCACGUCUACGGCCAAGCAGGUAGACCCCGGGAGCACCAGGCCAGACUGCGGCGCGCUGCCUUCCUGGACCGGCAGGAACUGACCAAGAAAAGGCGCCGUGCGUCCGUCCCCCGGAACGCGGACCUUGUUCGUCCAGCACAGCAGCAGCAGGGACACGCCUGCGCCUCGUGUGGCGCCCGUUUACCGCAUCGCAGGGACGUCAGUCCCAACGCCUACCUGGCGAGAAGGCGCUUCGAGUGCGACGGGCAAGGGAACGUGUUCCUCUACCCCAAGCCCGAGAGCCCGGGGCCCGGCGCGCGGCCGCCGCAGUACAAGACAUUCUCGCACCGGUCCCGCCUCGUGGAGCACCACCGCUCGCACACGGGCGAGAAGCCGUACGGCUGCGGCGAGUGCGGCAAGGCCUUCUCCCGCAAGUCGUGCCUCAUCAUCCACCACCGCAUCCACACCGGGGAGAAGCCGUAUGGCUGCGGCGAGUGCGGCAAGGCCUUCUUCCAGAAGUCACACCUCGUCCUGCACCAGAGGACGCACACGGGCGAGCGGCCCUACAAGUGCGGCGAGUGCGGCAAGGCCUUCUCGCAGAACUCCUGCCUCAUCAUCCACAGGCGGACCCACAUGGGCAGGAAGCCCUACGAGUGCUCCGAGUGCGCCAAGACCUUCUCCCAGAAGGCCAACCUCAUCCGCCACCACAGGAUCCACUCCAGGGAGAAGCUGUACGGCUGA